UGAACAAGAUGUAAAAAUUGCACUAAGGAUGAAAUGCUAAUAUUUAAUACUUGAAUAUGAUGAUUUUAAUUAAGGGAAAAUUGGACCACUUGUCCUUAAGAUCAUUUAUCCAUGUGGUGCCGUCAGUGGUGAAUUUAUCAGCUGUGAUGUUUACUAAACAAAAUAGUUUAUAAUCUGUUCAGUAAAAUGCAAAUGGACCUGAAAAAUGAGCACAGUUUUUGCAUGUCCAAAAAUUCCUACUACAUUGUAUUUAGGGGACACUUAGUACUAUUGUAGACAGCAAAGUGGGGUGAUAAGCAAAACAGGUCUAACAAUGACAAAAUUACAAAUGUGAUUAAAAUAUUACAUUUUCAUCUAUUUAAAUGCAUAACUAUGCUUAUGCAUAACUACAACAAAUUUAACAAAAACGAAACAAUUUACUUUAAAUGUGUGUCCAGUCUGGAAUUUGGUGUUAAACAGUUUCCUUUGGAGAAAUUUUCUGUUUUAUCUUUUGCAGGCCUAACACUAUCACAAGUAACUAUGGGAAUGAAUGUAGAGGAAAGAGAGACAGUACGUCCCCCGGAUGGCGGCUGGGGCUGGGCUGUUCUGCUGGGAUGUUUUGUCAUUACGGGCUUCUCGUAUGCUUUCCCGAAAGCUGUAAGUGUUUAUUUUAAAGAACUGAUGAAGGACUUUAACUGUGGGUACAGUGACACAGCCUGGAUUUCAUCCAUCAUGUUAGCCAUGCUCUAUGGCUCAGGUCCAGUCUCAAGCAUUAUGGUUAAUAAAUUUGGAUGUCGUCCAGUCAUGUUGGUUGGAGGAUUAUUGGCAUCAGGAGGGAUGAUAGGGGCAUCUUUCACGACUAACAUUAUUCAGCUUUACCUCACUGCUGGUGUCAUCACAGGUCUCGGCCUGGCCUUGAACUUCCAACCAUCGCUGAUCAUGUUGGGGUCUUACUUUGAUAAACGCAGACCAUUGGCCAAUGGACUGGCUGCAGCUGGAAGUCCUGUAUUUCUGUCGGCCCUUUCUCCAUUAGGACAAGUACUGCUGAACCACUAUGGAUGGAGAGGAGGCUUUCUCAUAAUGGGUGGUCUUCUGCUAAACUGUUGCACCUGCGGAGCAGUCAUGAGACCCCUGAAACGUAAAGAAAGAAAAUCCAUGGCCAAAGGAGAGGUCUUCUCCCAAGAGCUCAACGAAAUGCUGCCUUCUAAGGCCGGACAAGAGAGUGACAAAUGUAAAAAUAAUAAUGAUGGAAGGCACAGGAAGAAGAAGAAGAAGCUUUUGGAUUUCAGUGUGCUUCGUGACAAAGGACUUAUUAUCUAUAUCAUUGCAAAAUUUAUAGUAGUUCUCGGACUAUUUGUUCCAACUAUUCUCCUAGUCAACUAUGCUAAGGAUCAGGGUGUGCCUGACCAGGACGCUGCCUUUUUGUUAUCUAUUAUAGGAUUUAUUGACAUCUUUGCACGACCCACAUGUGGUAUAGUCGCUGGUUUAAAAUGGAUGCGACCCAAGACGGCAUAUCUCUUCAGCCUGGCCUUGCUCUUCAACGGCCUAACAGAUGUUUGUUCAGCCACAAACACAGACUACAAAGGACUUGUUAUCUUUUGUGUGUUUUUUGGGCUUUCUUACGGCAUGGUGGGUGCUCUACAAUUUGAAGUGCUGAUGGGCAUUGUGGGGACAAGCGGUUUUUCCAGUGCACUUGGAUUGGUGCUUCUCAUUGAGGCAGUGUCUGUCCUGAUAGGACCUCCUUCUGCUGGUUAUUUGGUGGACACUUACAAGAACUAUGAACUUAUUUUUUACAUGGCUGGAGGAGAACUAAUCACAGCUGGAAUAUUUCUUGCCGUCGCAUCAUUCUGCUGCAUUAAACAAACGAAAAGAAAAGACCCGCCGCAAAUGCAUCAUGCUGAAGAGGCGAACAAUCACAUUAAUCAUGAAUCCUAAAAGAUAAAGGGGUGGUUUAUCGGACAGGGCUUAUAGUCCCAGACUAAAAUGCAUAUUUGAGUUGGCUCAAUUUGACAUCUUGCACAUAUCUUAACAUAUAUCAGUGCCACUGUUUUGUCUCAAAAUCGGUAAUGGUUUUUUUUCCUAGGUAUGUUCGUAAAAACUACUGUCCUAAAAUAACUAAGGGCUAGUCCUGGAUUAAUUAAAACCCUGUCUGGGAAACUGCCCCAAAGAGUUACAGAGCUACAAAGGUUGCUUUGCAUCGAGUCACAUCUACAGUAGUUGCCAAAUGUUCUGUCCUCAUCUUCACCCUUUAUUCAAGCAUAUUAUUUAAGAUGUAUUAAAGAUUUUGCUCAUUGUGUAGUUGUGCUUGUAUUGUAAACUGAAGCUCAGAUUUGUGGUAAAUUAGGGGGCUUGGCUUGGCUGCUGUAAUAAAAAAACAAUAAUUAAAAAUAUUAAUAAUUAAUAAAACUGUAGUCAAUCCACACUUUAUUUCCUAUGCAUUUUUUAACAUAUUAGACCCAUUUUUGCAUAUAACUCAUAUUCUCUGAUACCCUGUAAUUUGCAUGUUUGCCACAUAAUUGUAUACAAUUUUAUAAAAUAAAUAUUUACGCAGGUUUAGUGUUUGUUCCAUACCCUUAUUUUGUAUUAUACAGUACUGUAUGUGCGAGUGUUUCAGGUUUACCUAAUUAUCUGUUUAAUAUUAUUAAAACUGUAGAAUUUAAGGAUAUGAAGUAUGUACGUACACAUUAAAGCUAUACAUAUGUAAUAGUUAAUAUGUAAAUGAAUUAUUUCGUCUACAAAGAGAAAUGUCAUAAAAUAUAUGAAAAUUCUCAUUGGCCAGCUGUAUGUGUCGUAAAAACAGUUUCGAAUCAUGAUUGGCCGAACCGGCAAUCAAUCAUCAACAGUAAAUCCGGCGACGUCACCCCAGGAAGCGGCAAAAUAGUGCCUUCAACGGGACAAAUUUAAGUCGAUUAGACUACCUUAUAUUUUCAUUUAAUUCCUUCGUUUGACAGAACGUAAUACAGUUAUCAACUCGAACAGAUAUAUUGAAUUUCAGGACCAAAUAUUAUCUUUUCUUUGAGGUUUUCGAUCUUUACCGUUAGUGCGUUAU